UCGGUCGAGCCUAAUUUAAACCCGUAUCCUCCAGACCGCAACAGGUGCCCCCUCCUCCCCUUUCUUUAGGCUCCACCUGUCUUCCUUUCUCCUCGGUGAGCUGGCGACCCAGAAAGCAGCCGUCAUUCAUUAGAAAUGGUAUGCCUAUCCGCCGGGGGGCUACACGGCUCAAACCCCCUCGGUCACCGGAUCGGCGGCAGCUGCUCGGCCCCCCGGUGCUAUUUUCACCCUCAGGAUAAAGUGAUGUGCAGCCGCCGCCCGCGCGCACGGCCCCAGCAGCUCCAGUCAGACCCGAGCAGUGCCAGGAUGAAGUCCACAGGAAGCGAGCGCGCUGCGCAGCCCGACGGCUACACCUCCGACCUAGACGACCUGGACAGCGGCAGCGACAGCUCCGACGGGAAGUCCACCGGCGGCUGCAGCCCCCGCAGAGAGCCGGGGGAGGCGGCGGGGGAGGAGGCCACGGACGGAGAUGGUUCCCGGGGCGGCACGACAAGGCGGAGGAGAACGCGGAGACGCAGCAGAGUCGGGAGAGCCGGUGGAGACGCGCGUCUUUCCGGGGUGAGCCAACAGAGACAGGCGGCCAACGCGCGGGAACGGGACAGGACGCACAGCGUGAACACGGCCUUCACAGCGCUCCGCACGCUCAUCCCCACAGAGCCCGCAGACAGGAAGCUCUCCAAGAUAGAGACGCUGCGCCUGGCCUCCAGCUACAUCCACCACCUGGCCAACGUGCUGCUGCUGGGGGAGGACUGCCGGGACGGACAGCCCUGCAUCCGCUACCAAAGCAUCCUGCACGGCCCCGCCGCCCUCAACGCGGCCUCCCUGCGCCCCAUCUGCACUUUCUGCCUCGGAAACCAGAGGAAACUGCUCAGAGAUGGAGGGAAGCACACAGCUGCUGUGUGAAGCAAAGCGGCUCCGGACAGACAAGGAGUCCACCUUGAUGUUGUUUACAUGGAGACACGAGGCGUAAAAACGCACCAGUAGGACUUUGUGUAUAUAUAUAUACAUAUAUAUAUAAAUGUAUUUUAUUUUUGGAUUAGACCAGACAGAAUGAGCACUGAAAAGCACUUUCUGUUCACGUUCGUGUGCUUCUGAACCUCUGUUUUGGUUGAGCUGUAACCAGAGCCCAUGUGUAAAGUUGCACCUGACGGGGAGGGGGGGAGAGAGGCUAUUUUGGUCCCGUGAAUAGUACAAACUAACCCCAUGUCCAACCCGUAAAAAAAGCCAUGGUGCCUUCAGUCACAUGAAGGAAACCGAAGAGCAGCUCUGCAGCGGUUGCUGUCAGUUGAGUGGAAUUAACUUUGCCUAAAAAUGCUGUCAGACAUAUCACAGGGCCACUGACUGAUCUAUGCCUCUGUUCAAGUGGUGAACAGUGGGAUGUGCAACAACACUAGCAUAACUGAUCAUCUCUACAUCUUGCAUUAGGCUAUUUUGUCUAUGUUACACAUGACAUGACUUGUAUUUUUUCUAAAAACGCGUCAAAUUAAUCCACACUGUUGAGACGUCUCACCCGUUAAUGUUUUGGUGCAUUAAAGGGUUAUUGUGUUCAGACAGAAAGAAAUGCGAAUUAGAUGCGUGAUUGAAUACAAAGCCAAUGGAAAUAGCAGUACUCUACGGAGUAGUCAGGCUACGUUCAGACUGCAGGCCAAUGUGACCCAAAUCAGAUUUUUUUUGCCCAUAUGUGACUCAUAUCUGAUCUUUUUAUGACAGUGUGAACAGGUCAAGUCACAUGGAUUCUGAUCUUUUCCAGUUCGGAAUUGGGCCACUUCCAUAUGUGGUCCAAGUCCGAUACAGAUCGGAUUUUUUUAAAUGUGACCUCAGUCUGGACACUCGCAUUUGAUGCAAAUUUGACGUCACUGUAGAGCAGCUGUUCUGCUGUAGACGGAGCCGUGCUGAACGAAAAAGCUCCCCAAAAAGCCAUAAUUAAACAUGUGGCUCUUUUUCUUUUCUACCUCGGUAUCAUCCGCUUCCCUUUCUUAUAGCCUACCUGAAAUCCACCGGACCGGAGCUGGGUAAUUUUUUUAUAGGGUGCCAUUUGGACUUUAUAACUUGGGAUAAAUAAAUAGUUGAUUUACCUAUAUUUUAAAGAACUAUUAGGCUACAUAAAGUAUAUAUCUAACUUUAUGAAAAACAUAUUGGUUGAGCUCAGGCACCUUUAUUGUAUUAAAUAUAGAUAUUAACAACAUGUGACAUGUGGGAAAUGUCCACCCUGUUAAGGACUUAGACAUAACUGUUUAAAAGUGUUUUCAGGGUAUGAUUGCUACUAAAAUUACAUUUUUGUAGAAAUCAUAUGUCCCUCACUCUUAUUAGAUAUUUGUUUUACAAUAAAAUAUUUUUUAAACAGCAUAGGCAAGCCUAUAAUGAGUAAAACAAGCACACAUAAUGAAAAGGGGAUGUAUUUUUCCACUUUUUUUCUCAAGAAAAGUGAAUUAUGAUAAGAAUUACUCAAUGUCUCUUGCCUGUGUAGUCAAUCCCUUCUAUAUCUUUAUGUCAAUACAAAUAUACAUAUAUAUAUAUAAUAUUUGGUAAUUUCAAUAAACUAUGAAGGAAAAAUACCAACAUAACAGGGUGGACAAAACACCAGUAUAUAGUAUAGAAAUGUCCACCCUGUUAGUGUCCACCCUGUUGAAAAACUAAUAGGGUGGACACUAACAGGGUGGACAUUUUUAGCUAAAGUUAGCCUUUUACCUGCCUCUGUGAGCAUAAUGGCUAGCAUGACCUUCAAUAGGAGAUGAGGAAUCUAUAAUUUUCCACAAAUCGUUUUUGAAAUUAUUUAAUUUGAUUGAUCUCCUCAAAACCUAGGCCUAACAGUGUGGACACGUUAUGAUAAAACACAUUAAACUGAACAGUUUGAACAGAAACAGCAGACAAGUGCUCAACAUAACUUGCAUAGAUGAGUUGUUCAUCAUGAAACUGUGUCGGAACAGUAGCCUAAAUGAGACCAUACAAUGUCAGAGAAGAGAAAAAUGAAUAAAUAAAUAAAAAAAACAAAAAUAAAACACAAAAAAAAAAAAAAAAACAAAAACAAAGGCUUCUCUCUGAAGAUUUCAUUGCACAAUUUCAAAGUUCUGAUACAUUUUUCAGAGUCAAUAAGCUUAAGGCUUUUAAUGUAUUCUGCAAAUUCGUAUAGAAAUCCAGUAAAGAUGGGGAGAGUCUUUGCAUUUUUGCACUUAUGUAUAUGGAAUUUCCCAUGUAAGAUCAAUAAGUUCACAAUUUCUUUGACAUUACAUUUAUCAUGUUCAAAAUAUGCAAUGACAUUUAUAGUCGAUUGUAACAUUGUUUUUAGUUUCACCCGUAACAUAGUCUUGCAUACGAGUCCAGAAAGUAAGUGAAUGUACACAGUGGAAAAAUAGAGGCUGCAUUGAUUCUGGUUGGUCAUUGCAAAAAACACACUUGUUAUCAAUAUCUAAAAAUUUAGAGUAAUGUAGAUUUGUUGGGUAUAUAUUGUGUAAAAUCUUGAUGUGCACUUCUUUAAUCUUAUUGUUGAUACAAAAUUUUUAUGGGAGUAACCAUGCCUUCUUCCAAUCGAUACCUGUGAGAAUGUUGUCCCAGAUGAAUUUAGCUUUAGGAGUAAUUUUCCUUCUUUUACAGAGUGUGUUACGUAUAUGCUUAUUGUUGCAUUUAGCAUUCAUAAUAUCAAUACCAUUUAUCAUCAAAGGGGUUUCUGACCUCAGUGCUUGCUCAUAUUGAAGAUGACAUUUCAUUAAAUUUGAUAGCCCAUUGGGAAUAGCUUUCAUUACAAGAUUAAAUUCUCUGUUUGUAAUAGGAAAAGACUUGACACAAAGGAAUCUUUCAGAACUAAACAAUACACCAUUGACAUCAAAGCGAUCACUCACAUAAAUAAUGUCUUUAUCAACCCAAUGUGGCAUAAAGAUGGAUUUUUUCCCAACAGUAAUAUCUUCAUUAUUCCAUAUGACAGUUUUGUGUGGGGAAAAGUUAUGUGUGUAACAUAAUUUCCAGGCAAGGAGGGACUGUUAGUAAAAUCUGGAUAAUUUGAUAGGCAAUUUGGUAAUAUUAUAAUUACAAGUGAGUAGAAAAUAAAGUCCCUCUAGUUUUUUAAAGAUAUUAUUUGGGAUAAAAUACCAGAUUGAAGUUGGGGCUUUAAGGCCCUUGUUUACUUCUGUAGCCUGCAACAGUGUGCUGCGUGUCACGUCGUGUUAUUAUCCUGCACAUGCGGGUCACUUUCAGGCCGCAGACAGUUCACACUGGAGUCUGAUAUGGGCCACAUUUAAACUAUAAUGUAAACUGUCAAACAAAACAAAAAAUCAGAUCUGGGAAAAAAUCGAUAUUGAGCAUUAAGGCCUGCAGUCUGAACGUAGCCUAAUGUGGACCUCCCUAAUAUCGAGGCAGAGCAGACCGCAAGAACUGUGACUGGUCAGCUGGGUUGCAUUGCAUUUCCUCCAACCCCCAGGAAGUGCUCUGUACUUUGAAGCCAAUUUUUCUAGUGGCCAAACCAGACUUUUCCCCAUAGACUUUUAGGCCUACAUUGUUUAAGAAGCUGCUGUAAAAUCAUGUAAAAAGUUUUUUUGACCGUCAAAACCCUCAGAAUUUGGGGCAUUCAGUCCAUCAGCAUUUACAAAGUCUGGAAGCUGCAUGAUUAAAUCAUUUUACCCCCAUUUAAGUUCAUGGAGGGUUAAACUAGAAGUUAGCCGGCAGUCUAACAGUCUAAAGUCCACUCAGUGGAACAUAAAAAAUUCACCACCAACUAGCGUUACGGGAGGUGCAAUUGCAGAGGAAUGCACAAGAAUAAAUAAUCACGACGGCGAGGGUACGCAUAUAGAAUCGACGCAAUAAAAGUAGUGAAGUAUAAACUGGCCUUUAGACGUGGAUUUGCCCGGGGUUGCAGAAAUUGACGUAAAGUUCAACAUUUUUCAACCAGCAAAACAUAUGUGCAAAUCCCGAAAUCCCGAGGAUUUAUGAAUCUACUAGACUGGACACAGCAAUUUCAAUGAAGCAAGGUGAACAUUGUGCCCUCAAAUUCCAAAAUAUCCUCUUUAAACCUAAUGAGUUCCCAAUGAGGUUUCAAUAUAUCACAAGUGGAGGACAUAUCUUAGUUUUACCUGCUUUGACAAAAUCAGGGAGAUGUUUCUUUAAGUUAUUUUGGAUAAACUCAGGGGAAGAUUUCAUGGAGCUUUAUGUACAAAUGGUGCCCUGGUUGACCACUUUGCCCACACGAGUAUGAUCUAGCAUCUCUGACAAUUAGUUUUGGCAGCUCAACUUAUCUGACCUUACAUCAUUUAGCACCUGAUAUGUCUUUCUAUACAAUAUUUACAUUCGUUUGAGUUGCUGUUUUAAUGCACUGCUGGAAAUCAAGAGAAUAAAGACAUCUGGGAUUUCAAAACUGGGUACUGAAGGAGGUUUUAGGUGCUACGAAUAUCAUUUAGCCUCAAAGUGAAUGGGAUCCUAACUAUUACACCGUGUCUAUAUUUCAGCUGUUGAUGAAAUGUAAGGAUAAAUAUAUUUGCAGUCUGUUGAAAAGUUUACCUUUGCGUUGUUGCACAAAUCCACUUAACACAAAACUGUGAUGUUUUGUGUGCACGAGUGUGGGAUGCCCCGGCAUGCAAAGUGCAUCAGUUUGCCUUUUGUAUUAAUUUGGAGAAUAUCUAAAUGUAACAAAAUCCCUUUCAAAAUUCCUAGAUAUUUAUUGUACAGCACAUGGAUGAAAACUAUCACUGGGAAAUGUUGCACACUACCUCAAACUUAUGUAUUAAAUAUGAUGGCCUACCUCUAAAUCUAAUGUGUAACACGACUGUAUAAAAAUGUACUUUAAUACCUGACAACUGUGUCCUUUGCACACCACAAAUACUAAGAAGCUGCUUGAAGAAAAAUGUAUUUUUGUACAAUAAAGAUAAAAAUGAGAA